AUGGAUGGAAGUGACGACAGCAUCCCUUCUUCAGAGGCCGAUACGACUACUUCCUCAGCGCCAUCAUUACCUCGCGCUGAGCCCCACUCGACAAAGGAAUAUUAUUCGAAUUUCAACAGCGUCGACAACAGCCGAGAUGGAAGCAGAGAAGACGCCCUGGGCAUAUCUAGUCCGUCCGCACCAGGACGACCACGAAAGGCUUCAGAGUCGAGAACUAGACCCGCUUUGGCACUAUUAUUCGAAGCAACUCGAAAACGAAAUAGUUAUGUAGCAUCAAUGAAUUCGAGGGCGUCUGCUGAUGGCAUAGAGUUGGAGCUCUCGAAUGAUGAUCUGGGACCAUUGCCAAGCAGUCUGUAUAGUCGCUCAAACAGUGUGGAUGGUGCACCACGUAGCUUUCCUCUUCCAACCAUCCCACCGACUGCUUUUGACAAACUGCUUGACUCAAACGCUUCGUCAGACCGGAAUGUUCAUUCUACAACAUCAAGUCGAUCUUUGGCUCGUGAUGGACACACCUCUACUCACACAACAUCAAGUCGAUCUCUGGCUCGUGAUGUGAGCGGCAGUUUUGCUCAAAGUCUGGACGAUACUUCUCCUACAACUUCCCGAUCGGCAUCCGUACAUCAACGUUCUGGAUCUGGAGAUGCCAUCUCGCUACCAAUACGACGAUUAUCUUUUCCGAAUGCUGGAUCAUCUUCUCUUAGUGCACCUCAAAAUAAUGUUAGGGUUAGGCCUCAACUGGUGUCUGAAGCCACUUUGACCAAAGGAGCAAACGAGCCAGAACCUCAACCUCAAACAACAAGUGCCACUAGGACGGCAAGCGUAAAUUCAACAAAGGAGUCAAGCAAGUUGACAGAGUCUUCUCAGACUAGUCCUACCAACACAUUGCCCAAAACACCAGCAAGGCAGCUUCCCCAACACAUACUGAAAACAGCGGCCGCUGAAGAUAUACCAUCACCGCCGCCAAACCCUGCCGUCACAGUGGCACCCACUCCACAAGCAGUACCGCCAACUUCGGCGGCAGCAUUAACGCUCAAACCUUCCGACACACGUCGAAAGCCACAAGCAGCCUCCUCUUCGUCACUACCAGAGAAACCGAAAAGUCGUAAUGUUCUUGUCGUACCACUUAUAUUUGGAUGGACUGAAUACUUUUUACAUUCCGGUUGGGUGGCCUUUUAUGCCAUGGUUGAUGUGAUCAUGUUGGUCGACUGCUUCCUCCAAGCUCGAGUAUCAUUCAAUAACAAGUAUGGAAGUCUAGUGCGGGAUAACAGGGCCAUGUUUUAUAACUUUGCUGUGACGAAUCGUGGUUGGUGGAUUAUCUUGACGUCACUACCUGUGGAUUUCUGCAUCGAGUUAUCGAGUCCUGUUUUUACUGGAAUGCCAACUGUGUUAAUUCCAUUCCUUGACAUAAUGCCCGAUGGUGGCAACAAUUAUGAUGUGUUGCAACUGUAUUGGAGGUAUAAAAUCUGGGCUGCCGUACGAUUCUUCAAAGUGCUGGCACGUUUGCCGUAUCGUCGUUUGUAUGAUGCUAAAAUUAGUGGUGUCGCAGCUCCUGUCUCUCGAUUAACCAAAACGCUUGUAAUUCUCAUGUGGAUGGGUCAUCUGGACGCAUGCAUGUUCUGGUUUCUCGAUACCUUCCUCCCUUAUGGCGCCCGAUGGAUUGAUACCCAAAAUCUUUUGUUCUAUGCAGGAACUACGAAUGUAGUGCCCUUCUCUACCCAAUACCUGAUAUCCUAUUUAUCAGCAGUCCGAUCUCUGGUCUUGCGGCUUCGUGAAGUCGAGCUUGAUCCAGAAAAUAUUUAUGUAUUGGUCGAGUUCGUUGGUGGUAUUCUGGCUUACGGAACUGUUUUUGGUAAUCUGCAUUCCAUUGUGGAAAUGCUUGACAGCACCGCUGCUGUCACUCAUGCAGAGGAACAACACAAAUUCGAAAUGGGCUGGCUACGCACGUAUAUGAGAGAUAAGGGUCUGGUUCCUGAAUUACAGAAGAUGGUCAGCGCUCACAAAGAGUUACAAUGGCGAAAAUCACAGGGCACAGAUGAGGCGCACUUAUUUGACGAUAUCCCGAAAUCUGUACAACAAGAAAUCAAGAACUUUUUGUAUUUGGAUUUGGUGCGAAAAGUACCAUUGUUUGUGGGAGCGGAUGCUGCCUUCCACAAUUCAAUCACAUUCAAAAUCAAACCAUUACAUGUUUUGGACAAGUGGUUUGUCUUCCAGAAGGGUGAUGAUGGUUCAGAAAUGUAUUUUGUCAAGACUGGAUCUGUAGAAAUUGUGGGACCUGAAGGCCAGAUUUUCGUCACUCUUGGCCCAGGAAGUUUCUUUGGAGAAAUUGCUCUCUUUGAAGGCAAGGAAGCAUUCUUGGUUAUGAUUGUUGUAGAAUGUAAACGUACUGCUUCAGCUCGUGCCAAAGGAUCGAUAGAGCUCUGUGUCCUAACCAAGGACGACUUCAAUGGGAUCUUACGACAAUACAGUGUCGUUGCCGAAAGAAUUAAAACUACCAUCGCCGAACGUAAGGCCAAUGAAGCUCGAUUGAAGGCUUUAGAAGCUGAAAAGCAAGCUGCAGAAGCUAAGCGAAAAGCUGAGGAAGCUGAAGCAGAAUCUGCGAGAAAGGCCCUCCAAGAAGCAGAAAGGAGGGCGAACGCUUCUUCUUCUGGAUUCAAAAGUCGUGCUCUAUUACAAGGAAUGACAAAGAAGAACUUGCUUGGUUCUCAACAAUUGGCAUCCAAUAAUGGUGUUUCAAAGAGCAUUCUGCCAUUUGGAGUCUCUAGGGCAGCUCUGCCGUCUGAUCCAGAACCUCAACCUCGAAAUGUCAAUGGAUCUUCCAAUUACCUUCGACUAACAAUCAACCGUGCUCCUCUGACUCGUGAUUCAUUUGUACCUUCCAAUUCUUCGGCAGUGCCUUCCAGGCAAAUCAGUGUCGUUAGUGUAUUUCGUCCGGAACACAACCACGGAGCAACUUCUCCACCACGCAAUGCUGAACAUGCAGUUGCAUCAAACACCACUUCGAACUCGACAUCUUCCGAUUCCAUGAAUCAAAUGCCAGCCGUUAUUGCCAGGACACUGAGCAAUGCUCUGCGUGGGUUGGCGGAUAUGAUCUCUGAUCCUCAUCUUGCUUCAAACAGAGCUUCUGUUAAUCCUUCUCCUUCUGCUUCUGCUAAUGGUAGUAUGAAUGGAUUGCCAAUGAUGACACCACCAAGGUCACAUUCAGCCUCUGACGUCGUACCGAUGUAUACCCAUGCAUUGCAGCAUACGCAAUUGUCACGAGAUGGUAAUACGUCAGCACGGUCUCAUAUGCCUCCCAUUAGUCGACUAAGAGAGUCCAUUGUGCCAACGAUGGGAAGUGGCUCUUCAGUCCAUUCGAUUCCAAGCAACCCUCCGUCCCCAUCCAUGCCACGCGCCUCGGCACGAACAGACUCAUCCUUAUUACGCCGUAAUCUAUCCUCGCAUAGCCGAAAUCCAUCGGGAUUGAGCAUUCACACCCCACCGACAGACAGCGUCAACGCAUUGACAAUAGCACCAGGCAUGACACGCACGUUUACGGCAGACAUUAUUGCAGCUACCUCACGAUGCCCAUCGCUCGUACCACCGAAUUCUUCUCCAUAUCUCGACAAGAGUGUUGGUGACUUACCGAUUAUUAACUUGCGAGCACCAUCUACCGUUGAUUCAGAUCCAGGAUUGCCAACCUUUAUAAGUGAUCAAUUGUCACCUAUAGAUAGUAGUCAUUCUUUGUCGUCACGUCCCAAUCGCAAUCGGGCCCUAAGCCGUGGAUCGAGUCGUGGUUCAGUGUCGUCUGUCAAGAGUACUCUGGAUCCAAGCGUCAUAAGAGGGCCGCGUCGUAGAAGUAUUACUGACUAA